CCCCGGCUCCUCCUGGGUCCUGCCCUGCUCCUCCCGCUCCUCCCCGGCUCCUCCUGGGUCCGGCCCGGCGGCGCGCAGGGGGAGGCCUGCGGAGACGCACACACCCCAGGUUCUGAAGGCUGAAUCAGGUGACAGUGCCCAGCGAUUCUAGGGACAACAGGCAGUCACGGCGGACGGUGCCAGGUUGUCAAUAAUCACGGCACUUUACUACGGAUAACAGAGCGUCGCGUCGGCUGCGCCCCGUCCCCCGCCCAGAUUCGAUCCGCGCCCUCCCCGCAGCUUGUGCGACGCCCGGGCCCUGCCCGCCUCCAGGCUGCCGCUCACCCCGCCCCGGAGCGCGAACCGCCGCGGGCGGCACUGCCCCUGAGGCCGCGGCGCCCGACAGCCCGAGCCGGCCGCAGCUCCCAGAAUUCCGCCGACGCGCCCGGCCUCCCCGGAGCUGCCCUAACCUAAGAUGGCGGCGGGCGGAGUCGGCGUGCCCGCCUCGGGGCGGGGCGGGGCCGGGCCGGGGGCGGCGCCAGCUCCGCCGGCAGCCUUGGGCUGUCCGGGAGGACCUCUCCUUUCCGCCAGACACGUCGCGCACCUGCUCUUCUGCAGCAUGAUGAGGUCCCCGGGUCGGGAACCGGCCCCCAGCGAUGGCGAGGAGGCUUCGGACAGCACGCCGCUCCUGCAGGGCGCCUGGCCGGCGGAAGGCGCUCCGGUGUGCUGCUCUGCUCGUUACAACUUAGCAGUUUUGGCCUUUUUUGGGUUCUUUGUUCUCUACGCGUUGCGUGUGAAUCUGAGUGUUGCGCUGGUGGAUAUGGUCGAUUCAAAUACAACUUCAGCAGAUAACGUAACUUCCAAGGAGUGUGCAGAGCAUUCUGCUCCCGUGAAAAUCCUUCGUAGUCAAACGGGUAAAAGGUACCAGUGGGAUGCAGAGACCCAGGGGUGGAUUCUCGGCUCCUUCUUUUACGGCUACAUCGUCACGCAGGUUCCUGGGGGCUACAUUGCUCGCAAAGUCGGGGGGAAGCGGCUGCUGGGGUUUGGGAUCCUUGGCACUGCUGUCUUCACCCUGUUCACGCCCAUUGCCGCAGAUUUUGGAGUUGGAGCUCUCGUUGUGCUCAGAGCACUAGAAGGACUUGGAGAGGGUGUCACUUUUCCAGCCAUGCAUGCCAUGUGGUCUUCUUGGGCUCCCCCGCUUGAGAGAAGCAAGCUUCUUAGCAUUUCAUAUGCAGGAGCACAGCUUGGAACAGUAGUUUCUCUUCCUCUUUCUGGAAUAAUUUGCUUGUAUAUGAAUUGGACUUAUGUCUUCUACCUUUUUGGUAUAGUUGGAAUCAUUUGGUUUAUUUUAUGGAUCUCACUAGUCAGUGAUACACCAGAAACUCACAUGAGAAUCUCCCAGUAUGAAAAGGAAUACAUUCUUUCAUCAUUAAGAAAUCAGCUUUCUUCACAGAAGUCAGUGCCAUGGGUGCCCAUGCUAAAAUCACUGCCACUUUGGGCUAUUGUAGUGGCACAUUUUUCUUACAACUGGACUUUCUAUACUUUGUUGACGUUAUUGCCUACUUAUAUGAAGGAGAUCCUAAGGUUCAACAUUCAAGAGAAUGGGUUUUUAUCGGCACUGCCUUAUUUGGGCUGUUGGUUAUGUAUGAUCCUGUCUGGUCAAGCUGCUGACAAUUUAAGGGCAAAAUGGAAUGUUUCAACUGUGUGUGUUCGAAGAGUUUUUACCCUUAUAGGAAUGAUUGGACCUGCGGUGUUCCUGGUAGCCGCGGGAUUUAUUGGUUGUGACUAUUCUUUGGCUGUUGCGUUCCUGACCAUAUCAACAGCGCUGGGGGGCUUUUGCUCUUCUGGAUUCAGCAUCAACCAUCUGGACAUUGCACCUUCGUACGCCGGCAUCCUCCUGGGCAUCACCAACACCUUCGCCACCAUUCCAGGGAUGGCUGGGCCUGUCAUCGCUAAGAGUCUGACACCUGGCAACACUAUUGCAGAAUGGCAAACUGUUUUCUGUAUCGCUGCUGCUAUCAAUGUAUUUGGUGCCAUUUUCUUCACACUGUUCGCCAAAGGUGAAGUACAGAACUGGGCUCUCAGCGAUUACCAUGGACACAGAAACUGAAGGAACCAAUAAACAGUCCUCUCUAUUGAUGUAUUUUUGUUUAUCAUGUAACCUAAAAGUGCCUUCAAUAUUUUAAUGUGUGAGCAUUCUGUGUACAAGAAAAAAUUGUACUUGUAUUAAAUUUUUAAGGCUUGUAAUCAUGAAAUGUCACUAGUUACCAGAUUAGUAAAAAUGGCUAUUUUUAAUUAUUAAUGACAUGUAUGCUGGGACUUACACUUUAGGGUCACAUACCUGGCUGCAAGUCAGGCAAUAUGAAGUAGGGGAGUUCUGUUUAUUUUUAAGGGCCAUACUUAAAGGAAUGAGCUGAAAUGGAUCCCUCUCUGUACCUUUGCUUAAUUAAAGUAGAUAAUAAUUCUCAGGUCUCGGUAAACACCUGUUUUUGUUCACUUUCCUCAUAAAAAUUAUUUGUCAGCAGCAAUCCCUGACACUCAGGUCUCAAACUUUAGCAUCUCCACGGAGCUGCUGGCCACUGCGUAAUGUGGCCUGGCAACUGCACUGAGGGAAGCGUACCCGGGCAGCUGCCAGGCAUUCCGGCCCUGGCCUCGGGGACAGCGCCAGUGUUGAUCAGAGGCCGCAUCCGAGAGCAAGGUCAGCACCCGGACUUUGGACGGCGUUCUUCCCCUGGGGCUGUUCACGUGUGCUAAAGCAGGGCGGGCAGGAGCAGCGGGCUCCACGCCGUGAGGGCUGCCCCAUCCGGCUCCCUGGAACAGAGAUUGGCAGGUAGCCUGCAAAAAAAGAGUGUGAUGCCCACUUAGCCACAAAUAACAUCCUCCUUGAUUAAAACUACCUUCACAUGGAUCAGAGUGUAAAUUUCCAAGUCCUGUGUUCUGUGAGCUACACCAGACUAAGUAAAUUGAAGAAGAACUCUUAGGUGUUUUUCCGCCUGCGUCUGAGCUCCUGGUUGCAGUUCAAGGUUCAAGUGGCUGUUAGUCGGCCACGUCACCUGCACCCAGUGAUGUGAUCUCUUUACCGCUGGUUCCCGAAAUCAUAUUUUUCCAGGUUUUUCCUGGACCAUCUUAAGUGGUUUUCGAGCACACUUUGAAGGCAUUUAUGUGAUUUAGAACUUGGUUUAUGUUUUGUUGUGUUUGUUCAACACUACCUGUAACGUUUUAACUAAAACUAUUUAAUGUAAUAUGACAUGAAUACGUUUCUGUAAAAUUAUUUUUUAAUUUGUAAAUAGCUUUAAGUUGGUAUGAUGAUAUUUCUUUUACAAAUCAUCAAAAUAAACCUUUCUG